GAGUCCUCUCUGUAUAAAUAGCCGUGUCCCUUUGGGGAAGCAUUAGCAGCCCUGCUGAGCUCCCACCAACACCUCUGGAACCAUGCUCAGCUCUCUCCUGCGCUCAGCGCUCGUGUUGGCGGCAGUCUGCUGUCUUACAUAUGCAGAGAGCGUCAUCACUUGUGGGGAGAAGAUACAGCGACUGAGUUGUGAUCAAGGAGUGGUCAGUGUGCUCACAGUGUUCUACGGACGGAAAAACAGACAGACCUGCGAGGAAGCCAUAGAUAAAGACAAGCUGGAAAACACUGAAUGCUCUAAAACAGGCGCUUUCGAAGCCCUUGCUAACAGGUGUAACGGUAAGAAAGUCUGUGAGGUGGACAAAGAGAUCUUCAGUGACCCCUGCCCUGAGACCUACAAAUACAUCCAAACCACGUACACCUGCCUCCCUGCACAUCAUGUCGUCGCUUGUGAGGAUUCGGAGGUGAAACUCUCCUGUGACAGCGGCCAGACGAUAGCGCUCAUUGGAGCGUUCUAUGGGCGCACCGACCGAACCACCUGCAUAUACGGUGUUCCUGACGGGCAAUUCAAUAACAUCACCUGCUCUACUCCUACUGCGAACCAAGUUGUAACUGAAAGGUGCAAGGGUAAAAGCAAUUGUAAUUUCCAUGCUAAAAACUCAAUGUUUGGAGAUGAUCCCUGCAAAGGAACCUACAAGUACCUGGAACUGGCUUACAUGUGCAAAUGUCCCCUCUGAGGAGAGCAGCAGGCCUACACUACCAACACCAACAUCUGGAGACGCAUGCCCCCUCCAGCUCUCCACCUGAUGAAUAAAUCUUGAUCUUGCUUUCUGCUUUUUGCAUUAAAUGAUUAUUAAACCUU